AUGUUAGCCUUAGUCAAUACGACAUCAUCUUCAUUAAGGGGAGGUGGUUGUGGAUCUUUUAGAAUGAAUCCAAGAACAUAUGGAAACUUAGAGUCAGAUAUUUAAGAUUUAGACAAUUUCAUCACCAAGUUUAAUUCUGUUGUUGAAAUAAUUUGUGCUAAAGCUGAUGUUGCUAUCAAUUCAAUAGAAUUUUCAAAAAUAAUGAUAGCCAUACAAUGGUUUAUUUUUUAAGAGGAAAACAUAUACAAACUCAAUAAGAAUCCCUUAUAUCGUGAAAUCAUACAACCUGAUUGUAGAGGGAAUCCGAAAAUUAUUGAAAAGUUGCUCGAUCUAUAUUAGAACAGACUAGUUUAAAUGUUUAUAUAUCCUAUAGAUUACAGCAUCUCUAUCUAAAGCCAUAUUUAGUUUCCAUGCAAUAAAUAGCGAUAGAAUUAUGAAUUUUGAUUUAUAAAAGUAAUUUUUAGACAUUUCUGAUGACUUAAAGUAAUAAAUAGAAAUAGAGAAGAAUGAUUUGAUUUAGAUUUAAAUGGAAGUUUAUCUUUUCUUAAAAAAACUUCUUUCGAGAUAGCUUCAAAUAAUAAUCACGAAAGGGAGGAUAUUGUAAAAGGAUUUGUAAGUGGUAUAUUUGGAUCGUUAAUACAAUUAAAACUUAAUGCUGAAUUACUUGAAUCCUUAUUUAAGGCAGCCUGCCAAAUUCACAACAUACAUAAUGGGAAAUCAUUAAUUAUUUAAAAAUGACCUUUAACAAAAUUUGGAAGAAAUAAUCUUUCAUAUUGAAAAAACGCAUGAAAAACUUGUUAAAAAUUCAAACAAUUGGAUGAAUCAUUUUUUGUGGAUUUAAAUGAUUGGGAAAAUUUUAGUAUACAAUCCUCUAAUUACAAAAAAAAAUUAAAAUAGUUAACUAGCUCAUUCAAUCUUGAAGCCAAAUCAAUAUAUAUAUGGAAGGAAUAUUUGA